AUGCGGAUCUGCAGCCGCUUAUUUUCUCUGAUUCACUUCCACAACUUACCGUUGUGGCCGUCUGAGUUGAAAACGGCUGUCGAAGCGGGUUGCAGGGUUACUCCCGCUUUUAUUACCGAAGCAGAGGAAGCGGAGCUCCUGAAAGAAGUGGAGCCUCACAUGAAGAGAUUACGUUACGAAAAGAAUCACUGGGAUGACGCGAUUCAUCUAUAUCGCGAGCGGGAGCAGCGGAAAUGGUCCCCUGCCAACGAAUCGGUUAUUCAGCGUAUGAGACUGGAACGUUCUUGCAGAGACGCGUCCUUUCCACCUGACGCUCAGCACCUUUCAUAUGUUCACAUCUUGGACCUUCACCAAGACGGCGUAAUCAGACCUCAUAUUGAUAGCGUGAGGUACUGCGGUGAUGUGAUCACUGGAAUUUGCCUCUUAUCGGAUGCAGUGAUGCGUUUGCGCCACAAAGAUAGAAAAGAUGAGCUUAUAUUCGACUUAUUCCUUCCUCGGAGGUGUCUAUACCGAAUGGGGGAAGUCGGUCGGUAUGACUUUACCCAUGAAGUUUUGUCAAACGAGGAGUCAAUGUUCAACGGGAAAAAGGUUGUUAAAACCCGAAGAAUUUCCAUAAUUUGUCGCGAUUUACCAAAGCCAGAAAGCAGGAUGGAAGCAAAUGCAAUAGAAAUGAAACCGAUUCCAGAGAUUUGA